CUCCUCAACUAGUCUAUAUUUGUCGGGUGAUGUACCGAGAAGCUUGAGCAUCAAGAGUACUUGCAUUUAAAUUCUACAACUUUUUGUCAUUUCACAUAGCAGAACUUAUGUUUCUUUCUAUGGAUGGGCCACAUAUCCAUUCAGCACCUUUUUAAAAGGAUCAUUCAAAAACAGAAACAAGAACCCCGCAGUGAGUUGUUGGGAACUCCGAUGAGGUGCAGCUGCGACACAUCCAUCCAAAACCUCUGGACAGGAGCCGAGAGCAUUUGAUACACAUCCAAAUAUGCGCGCAAUUGGAGAGCAGUGGCGAGGCGUCCCUUGCACCACCAUCGGAAUAACCCUGUCGUGAUGUACAAUACUUCGGGAAUUGAUCACACUCUUAAUAGAAAAGACGAUAUUUCUGAAGUUAUCAAUGGCACUCUGCAGCUCCUCUACAACGUCCUCGUCACCAUCAGCCCCACAACUAUGUGGAACGAGUCGUGCGGGGAGCAGCUGCUGGACUUCGGCCGUCCGGAGAAGAUUAUUAUCGGGGUGAUGUUGGCAAUUAUCACCGCCGUCACCGUGAUGGGAAACACGCUCGUGGUGAUCGCGGUGUGCGUGGUGAAGAAACUGAGACAACCCUCAAACUACCUUCUGGUGUCGUUAGCGGUGGCGGACCUUUCAGUGGCCAUAGUUGUGAUGCCAUUUGUUAUAGUGACAGACCUCACCGGGGGCAAGUGGCUUUUUGGGGAGGUGUUCUGCAACAUCUUCAUUGGCAUGGAUGUAAUGUGCUGCACUGCCUCCAUCAUGACCCUGUGUGUCAUCAGUGUGGACAGGUACCUGGGGAUCACACGCCCUCUCACCUAUCCAGCCAGGCAGAAUGGGCAGCUGAUGGCCAAGAUGAUCCUGGGAGUAUGGCUGGUAUCAGCAUCAAUCACCCUGCCACCUUUCUGUGGCUGGGCCAAAAACGUCCACACAGCCGGUGUGUGCCUCAUUAGCCAAGACUUUGGCUACACCAUCUAUUCCACAGCCGUAGCCUUUUACAUCCCUAUGCUGGUCAUGUUGGUCAUGUACUAUAAAAUCUUCAGGGCAGCUCGCAAAAGCGGCGCCAAGCAUCGCUUCACCAACCUUUCACGCCGAGGGCGCCUCGAAACGGUGGCUAAUGAGGCAUUGCGCAUGCAGGGACUGAAGCCGCCUGGUGUGGCGGAGGAGUGUGUUGCCUUGUCCCGCCUCUUGAACCACGAGCGCAGAAACAUCUCCAUCUUCAAGCGCGAGCAGAAAGCAGCCACAACUCUGGGGGUGAUCGUGGGUGUCUUCGCUGUGUGCUGGCUGCCGUUUUUCAUCCUGUCCACUGCCAGGCCGUUUAUCUGCGGAGUGGAGUGUAGCUGUGUGCCCAUAUGGCUGGAGCGCACAUUGCUGUGGCUGGGCUACGCCAACUCCCUAAUGAACCCCUUCAUCUACGCCUUCUUCAAUCGAGAUCUGCGCUCCACUUACCGCGACCUUCUCCGCUGCCGUUACCGUAACAUCAAUCGUCGUCUGUCUGCUGUUGGCGUGCAUGAGGCGCUCAAGGUGUAAAGCUGUGCUGUUUAGCUGCAUUUAUUGUGGGGAAUGGUGGUCCUGAGCUUGUACUUAGAGUGGCUUUCUCCACACCUUCAGUUUUGGCAACUUAGUCCUCAAAACCACUCAAAGACACCUGCCCUGCCAUUGCAAGGCCAUUAGGGUAUGGAUGAACGUAACAGUGGCUCUACUGGCCCCUUUGCAAAGGCAUAGAGGCAUCAUGAUCACUUCAGUGUGUGCGUGACUCAGUCACUCUAUUUCUGGAGAAGGAAAUCAUAGGGCGUACUUGAUGGGUUAUUCAAGUCAACUCUGCUUUUGUGCAUAUGCCACAACUCCGUCCUGGGUCUGGAUUAAUGGUGGCAUAAUGCAGCCAAAAAGUGACAAAAUGACAUGUUAAUACAAUCAAUCAAUCAGUCAUCCGAAGGCUUUCAAAGAGAACGAAAAAACAAAAAGAAAUCUGUAUAUUAGCGAAAAAUUAUGAUGGUGAUGGUGAAAAUGGUGAUAUUUGUUUUUUGUUCUAAGAAUCUUUAACUAAAUGUGUAUUUUAGCACAUCCCUGAUUAUUUUCAAACAGGAGGUGAACACUGAUCAGUAUUGUGAUUUGUGACGAGCUUAAAUAUUAUUUCUGACACUGUAUCUCCAGCUGUAGCUUUCAAUUAGGUCCUCAUUACCAGGAGCACCUUAAAUGUUUCACAAAUGUGUAAAAUCUGGUGACAGUAAGGAGAGCUGGAAACGGUGUUGCAACAUGAACAGAGCCUCCUGUAUUCAUAGAAUUUCUGUGUUCAUUGUGAUAAAAUAGACUGAAAGUAGUUUGUUUAGUGUCUGCAUGAAGCAUAUCUGUCAUACCUGCCACUGUACACAUAAAUCAGACAGUGAAAUUGAACAGUGAUUAACAGAUUUACCAAAACACUGUAUUGCACACCUGACUGUAUUGGACAGAAUCAGUGGACUUCUGGUCACCCCCUUUUUUAUUGUUUGCAUUGCAUUUCCAUUCGGCUCAUUACGCUUGACAGAUUGACCUUUUCACUUUAAGAACUGACAUGACCUUGUGACUCUUCUUCUUUUGUUUCAAUCUCCCUUUUGAUUCAGGAUGCGGUCAUUCCUCUCAAGAUGACACUUGUAUUGGACUCUACAGCGAACCCGUGUCAAAAGUCAUCAGUCGAGCAGCGUGUGCUUUUUCUACCUCGAUUUUUUGAGAAUACUGUACACUUCAGAUACCACUGUAUCAUUUUGUAAUUAACUGCAUUUUUUUUAUUGUGUAAAAUCAAUCUAUAUAUACGACUGUGUGUGAGUGCUCUGUGUGACCUCUUUGUCAUCAUCUUGAGAAACAAGCUGGGGAAUUGGCAAGGUAUUUCAUCACUUUGUAAAUAAAGAAGGACUUAAAAUGU